AUGCUCAGUCACAUCUUCGAGAGCCUUCGACUAGGCUGUGACUCUGGCGCCACUCAUCUUCCAAGAGUCUUGGAUACAAAAGACCAAGUUUAUGGAAGACAGCAACUGUUUAGCCGCGUCGCUGUCGGCAACUUCAAAGCAGUUUGGAUGGGAAGGCUAUCCAUUGGUAUUGGAAACCUCGGAUCAAAUCCAGUGGCAAACCGCAAUCAAUGGCCCGGUCUCGGAUCAGACUCAAUGAAAGUCGGACAAUCAGCCUAUCAUCAAUUCAUUAAACAACAAAGAAACUUAUCAUCAAAAACAAAUUCACCAAUCGAUCAAUGUUUAGAAAACUUGCGAAGAUCAGAUCAUUCAUCCGUAUUGCAAAUCCCAUUUUAUCCAAAAGAUGUUCGAUCUGCAUUCGUAGCUAUCAAAGCUCUCAAUCUUGAACUUUUAUCAAUCCCUAAUUCGAUUUCAAGUGGGAAAACUUUAAUUGGACAAAUGAGAUAUCAAUGGUGGAGAGAUGCUAUCAAUACUUGUUUUAAAGAAGAUAGUGAAAGUCAAGCACCAAUCAAUCAUCCAGUCAUCUUAGCACUUCAUCCCGUCAUCAAAAAACACAAGUUGACAAAAUAUCAUUUGAAUAGGUUAAUAGAUGCAAGGGAAAAAAGUUACCUGAAUCCAAAAUUCAACACAAUCGAUGAUUUAAUCAAACAUUCCCAAUCUACAAACUUUUCAAUCUUAUCCCUUUUGCUUCAAUCUUGCAAUUUAUCAAGUACAACUACAACAAACCUUCCAUUAUCAAAGAUUGAUCAUGCAUUAUCACAUUUAUCAAAUCUAUUAACAAUUUCAACUUUACUUCAUUCAUUACCAUCAUAUUAUAAAUCAAGAUCUAAUCUUUCAAUUUUACCAAUCGAUUUGAUGAUUUGUUCAGAAGAAGAACUUUUUAAAGUGGCUCAUUCUUCUAAUUUGAUUAAUGAGAACAUCUUAGAAAGAGUUCAACAAACUAUUAUGAGGAUUUUUGAUUUAGCUUCAUCUGAAUUGAAUGCUUGUAGAGCUACUUUAAUGGAUCAAGAACAUCAUCAUUCAAAUUUAAUAAAUCAAACUUUAUCUCCUACUUAUUUAGAUCCUUCAAUCCGUCCACUGUUUUUAUCUGCUACUCCAGCAAAAACUUAUUUAAACAGAUUAGAAAAAUUAAACUUUGAUGCAUUUCAUCCUAGUUUACAGAGUCGUGAUUGGAAAUUACCAUUCCAAAUUUGGUCUGAUUCUUUUUUUGGUAAAUUAUAA